GGCUCCCCCAGCAACGAGCAUACCCCUGGGCCGCCCCAGGAGAGAUCUCGAGCCCAAUCUGGCUGACUGGUGAUGUGCACUCCGGAUCGCAGCAGUUUGUUUUUUGCCUUGCCUUAUCCCACAUGACCUGUCGUAUUUCCAAGCAACGUCAGUCUCGGUCUGCUUUUCUUUUUCGACAGAGACACCCAUCCUGCCAUCCUGUCGCUCUCGCAGACAAGUCCUGCAAUUCCUGCUUUGAUCUCUUCUCCCCCCCCUCUCGAGUCCCGCCGCUUCCUGCGCAUUUCCAUUGUUUUAUCCAAGCGUUGCAUCUCUUUGUACACUGCAAGCUUGCUUGGCUCGACCCGACCCGACCCCGACUCAGCUUGACUCCACUGCCAGUGCGCUCGUUGCCCGGUCAGACCCUCUCCACGCUGCCGUCUUGCGAUCGUAAACCCAGUGCUCCGACUCCACUCUGUGCGCCCCAGUGACGCGACUGCGCAGCACUCGACGACGAUAAUUUCGCUGCGUCGCUGCUUCGUUGCGUCAAGUCGCCGCCGGAGCUGCUAUAACCGCUGCUAUAUAUAACCCCUUCGCUUGCAGCUUGCAGUGCCUUCCAACAGCCUCGAGACUGGAGCAAGCAGCACCCCAAUCCCCAGCCCCAAACGGCUGUCGCAGACGUUGAGCUGCUGGGUUGGUAUACAAACCUAUGAGUUCACCAUCCGUGUCUGUUGGACCCAAUGGAUUCAGAUGGCCCUGAGACCCAGCCCACCCAGCAGGCUACCCAGAAUGUCCUCGACCCUCGCCGCCUGGGCAAGCAGAACUCGGGCUUCUCAGAUGACGACAUCGCCGAUAUAAUAUGCCUCCUCCUUCCCUACUCGGACGGCGCCCGCGCCGAGCUUCGCGAGAUGGCAAUGCGUAUGUCUCAACACAUGGUCGACGCCGACGAUGCGGCCCAUCCCGACCUACAGGCAGCUGACGGCCUGAGCCUCAUGCCGCGCCUUGUCGGCGAGCAUGCCCUGGUCUUGCGUCUUUCGGCGCCAGUUAAAGACCCUGUGCAGGGCUUCACAUUCGGUCGGAAUCUUGGGCGGUGUGAUGUGUGCUUCCAAAACGAUCCUAUGAGGAGGCUGAGCAACAUACACUUUCGGAUUUACCUCAACGAAUACGGCGUCCUUAUGCUGGAGGACUCUUCCAUAAAUGGGACUGUUGUCGAUGGGACGCUGCUGAAGGCCAGGCAAGGGGACAGAGCAAAAACAGGGGAAAAGAAGUUGCCCAAGCGCAGGACCAUCAACCCGGGCUCCAGGAUACGCAUCCUCAUGCACGAGGACCAGGAUGAUCUGGACUUCAUGGUGCAGAUACCACGCCGGGAAGGAGAUUACGAGGAGAUGUAUAGAAGGAACUUGACUCGAUACAUGCAGCGCCUGGCACAGAUCCGCGCCCAUGACGACCCUGUAGACGCGGCCAAGACCAUCACAGCUGGACCUGGGGGACAUCUGGACUUGUUUCCCGUGAACGAAACGAAACAGCCAACACCACGAGCCGCCAGGCGUCAGCUGCGGCUACCCGAUGACCCCACACAGGAGGACAUGGGGAGACUGCCCAAGGAGUGGAACGGCUCAAACAAGUACAACCGUGUCGGCCGUAUUGGCAAGGGCGCUUUCGCAACGGUGUACAAGGUCACUGCGAAGUUCGACGGGAAGCCAUAUGCCGCCAAGGAGCUGGACAAGAGGAAAUUCAUGAAGAACGGCGUGCUCGAUCAGAAAGUCGAGAACGAGAUGAGGAUCAUGCAGAGGGUGAAACAUCCAAACAUCGUAGCCUACAUUGAGCAUAUCGACUGGGAUGACCGGCUCAUGAUCAUCAUCAUGGAGUACGUGCCCUAUGGUGAUCUUGGCAGUCUCAUCGCGGAUAACGGACCGUUGAGAGAAGAGAUUGUCCGCGAAGAGGCCAGUCAAAUGCUCAGUGCGCUGUCGUACCUACACGCCAAUAACAUCACUCAUCGUGAUGUCAAACCAGACAACAUUCUCUGUUAUUCAUGCCAGCCUUUCCUCAUUAAAUUGACUGACUUUGGGCUUUCGAAAAUGGUCGAGACCGAGCAGACCUUCUUGAAAACCUUCUGUGGAACACUGUUGUAUUGCGCUCCGGAAGUAUACAACGAGUUUGCCGAAUACGAUGAGUACGGCCACAGGCAUCCGAGGAAUAGGCAGCGCCGCAGGCCCGUCGGUCAGCGAUACGACCACGCUAUUGACAUAUGGUCACUCGGCGGCGUGCUGUACUUCACCAUGACAGGAGAACCUCCCUUCCCGGCCAAGAAUGGCAUCAGUUAUACCGAGCUUCUCCACCAGAUCAUGACCAAAAAGCUCAACACAAAGCCACUGGAAAACAUGGAAAUGACACAACUCGGUAUCGACUUCUUGUUGCGCUUAAUGCAGAGACGUCCAGAGCAGCGUGCAACGAUCGAGGAGCUUCGGUCUCACCAGUGGUUACAGGGGACGGGCUUCUCCCAGCAAUCAAACGAGGAGGACAUCGACGAAGGCCUCCAGAAAGAAGCCUCUCAGUUGAGCUUACAAGACAGAGAUUCUCCAUCACGGAACCCUGUCGGCGAUGAUCUGACCGACGACGACGACGUCCUCAAUCUGGAGCAAUAUGCCGGUGAAGGCGUCGACGGCGCGCAUUUCGAUGGCUACGAAUCUCAAAAGGAGAACUAUACAUUUGGUCAGAUGGAACAGCAGCGCUCAAAGCUCUUUGGGGAGGUGAAUGGGUCAGCUGUCGGAAGUGCAGGGGUCAUUCCGUCCACUCGUCUGAAUUUGCCGGAUUCGGUAGUCAGUUUGGACAGAACUGAAAUUCUCGAUCCCGAAGGCAAGGGCAGCUUCGGAUCGGACGAUUCGACGCCUCGGCAGACAAAGAGAUCACAGCCUACCCCACGAGCCACCGUUCCAGCAGCUCUGACACAGAGUAAUCGAUCUGCCAGUCGCUCCGUAGACGACAUCAACAACAUGACAUUCGACCCUGAGUCCCAGGAUCUCGAGGGCGCAGAGUCUCAGUUGGAGCAUCUUAACAUGAAAUCGCUGCAUCCAUCGAAUGGACUGUCUUACAUGAGCAGCUUCAAUACUAGCAAGAGGAAGCCCGGAUACGACACGAGCGAUGAAUUUGACAGCACUCCAAGGGCGCGACCACCGGUCAAGAAACUCAGAUCCGACAGCCUGUUUGACGAUGCGAUGAGCUGGGAUGAAGACAGCGAGCAGGGGCUGUAUGCUCAGAUUCCACCGCUGCCUCGAGUCAAUUCGCAUAGGCAGAUUGAUAAGCCCGUGCACAAGUCCACAUACUGGGAUGCGCGAGACGAGCGAAGUUGGCAUCUCAGGUACCCAGAAAUGACCCAAUUACAACACGAUGCGUUCGCUUCAGCGGCCAAACAACGGGGUGAAUCUUUUGCUCCAGGAAAAUCCGCGCUCUGGGACCUGGCGAUGAAGCAUUUCCCUCCGGCAGCUGGACAGACACCACCACCACCGCUUGAGCGCCGCAGCAGUGCAUCCGACUCCGAGUCAAGAGCAUCGGGACAUAGGUCUGAUGCGUCCAGCGACAGACCACUGAGCUCCAACGAUGCGGGCAAUGAGGACGAGGAUAUGCCUGACACCCUUCAGCCGGACCACGGCACCAUCAUUCCGGCUCAAGCGGAUCCACCGCUGAACAGAGUUGUAGCUACCCUCGAUUCGGCGGAGGGGUCCGUCAUAUCUGGUAUUUCGGUACCGAUCAAUCAGGCUAUGAUUUCCUGGGGACGAGCCCCUGAGAACACACACAUCUACACACCAAAGACGGAGUCCAAGGUUCCGAAGUAUGCUAUGAAAGUCAUACUCUGGAGAGACGGCUACGAACCAUCCAAGAACUUUCGCCCAUGGAACAAUGCAGCGGAUGGCUUCUACUUCUACAUUUCCACCAAAGCUACCAACGGCAUCCAAAUCAACAAGACCGUUCUGCCAUCUGAUGAGCCAAAGAAUCCUAAAGGCCCCUCGAAGAACUGGAUCAGACUGCAUGAUGGGGAUCUAGUAACGUUCUGGAGGUCCGGCGAUGGCGACGAGCAGCUCAAAGCGAAGCUCGUGUUUCACUGUAGCUGGGGUGGUUCAUCACAACCACGGGCCACAGCGGCCGAGUUGGUCGCGCCCGAGGCUGCUAGCUGCUUGGAUGUGUCUUGUCGUAAGGCCGAAGACCGCAUCAAGAAGCUAGCGGAAUACGACCACAGCCUCGAGGAGGCUGACAUUGAUGCACUGGAGCGUCACAAGAACAUCGAGAGGGAGCGGCUGCGGUCGCAAAAUUUCGAGAGUAAGCGUCUCGAGGCUUGCCGAAUGCUGGCCAUGAGGGCGAGUCGCCGGAGCUCACCGGCAUCUGUCUCGCCCAUCGUCCCACCAUCAUCGGCGCCACCAGCUAUCAUGACUGGUGUUGGCGCGAUUCCACGGCACAGAAGUGUCCCCGCCCUCAAGCACGCAACAUCGGGUCUGGACGCGCGCGCGUUGCAGACUAUGGCUGAGGAGUGAGGCAGGCUUUGGUGAUAACGGCUUGUAUUCUCGAGGAUAUCGGCAGGCAACGUCCGCUUCGAAUUUCUCACAGAAUAUACGACGUAAGACGCAAGACAGCUCGCGGAGGUACUGAAGAGUAUCAAUUGAUCCGAGCAGAUUACACCAGACGGUUUGAUUUUCGGUCCAACAAGCAUCGACUUAUAUAUCCACAAGAGGCUGUAUGUGUGUUGUCACUUCGUCUCAUACAAAUUUUUUCCAAGGGACCAAAAAGUUCACAAGUGUGUAUAGAAAGAAGCAUAGCAGGCGGCGGUAAUUGUUAUUAUUUGAUGAGCGGGGGUCGUGUAUCCUUGUAUCUCGGGUCGCUACUGAGAUGCAACAUGGCAUGGAGCGAUAAUAAGAGAUCGCAUUCAAUGGUCGCGGCGGGUCCCGGGCAAUCAGACAUACAAAUAGCGAGGAAGAUAGUCUGUAUCAUCGAAUUUAAUGCACUGGGUCAUUUUGA